UUGAAGUGGUAACCAAUCAUAUUAUUAUAAUUUUCAAGAUGGCGACGUAAACGACUGAAGAAUAACGAAAACUGAAAAAUAUUCAAGACCCUCGAUCUAGAUCUAGAUCUAUCAGUAAAUCGGUGUUUUAAGGGAAGAAAAGAAUUGAAGCCUUGAUUUAAAUAAUCAAAUACAAGCAUUCAUUUUAUCAAAAUGGAUCAACAGCGCUCUCCACACACCAAAGUUUUUAUACAAAGGGAUUUUUCUGAUGGUAUUCCAGUAAAAUUUCAGACCCGCUAUCCACCAGAACUGGAAGGAAGGGUUGAUCGAGCAACUUAUGAAAGAACUAUCAAUACAAUCAAUGAAAUGUUUGCUGAUGCAGAAAGUCUUGGAUCCCGAACAUACUGUGAAAGCUGCUUCGCAUGCUUGACUGGAUAUAUAGCAUUGUUAUGUAUGGAUACAUAUUAUGAAAAGACUCUUAAAAAAGUAAGAAUUUAUCUAGAGGAACAAAACCAAACCAUCUACAUGUCUAGAGGUGUGAUGCUUAUAGAUCCAGCUGAACGUGGACUUAGAAUUCUGGAAAUUGAUAUCUCAAGUAUGGACACCCCUCAACGAUGAUAUAGAAUUUGACUGCAGGCCAACUAUCAAGUCUUUAAUCACAGAUUAUUUGAUAUGUAAUAUACAUUAAAAAAAAAACAAUAUGUGAAAACUUAAAUAUUUGUAAAAAAAAUGUGAUUUUAAUGCUUUAAACCUUGAGACCAAUGUCUGGCAUUAUAAUGUAAAAGUAAGCAAGGAAGUUGAAAUAGUCACUGCUUGAAAAGCAUUCACUUUCUACACAAAUAAAUAUUUUAUGAAACUUAAGAAUUUAACAAAACAUUUUUUUCUUUGUAUGGUAUUGUUUAUAUUCACUUCAGAUUUUCUAAGUAUCCUUCAUAUUUUCAUCUAGAUGUUUUAGCAAGAUGAUGUGUGAGUAAAGGAGAAUGUAGUAGAGCUAGGGAGAGUGGAAAAAAUACAAAGUUGGUCAAUUCUAGGAAAUGAAGAAAAUGGUAGCUCUGAAAAAAAAUUGGGGAAGGCAGGAGAUGGCUUGCCAAAUUGGAUUUUCACAGACGUGUAUAUUAAUUUAUUUUAGCUAUAAGCGAUUGUUGAUACUUGAUGUUUUCUCUUUUAAUUGUCAUAAACUGUUAACAUCAUUGUUGCUCACUGUGUGGUUCUUCAUUUUUUUGGGGGGUUUUGUUUACAUUUUGCUAAGCUUGGCUUGUUCUCCCCCCUUCCAUUUGAUAUAUAUUUUAUUUUAUAAGCCACAAUUAUUUUUAAUCAACACUCUAUACAUGAGCAUUUAAAACAUUUCAGACUGCCCUAUUUGGUCUUCUAUAUUAUUUUGUAUGAAAAAAAAAAGUAAUACUAGCUCAUCAUAUUUUUUUUUCUUCUGUUGCCAUAAAGUUAUCAUCACUUAAUUCUUUAAAAAAUAUUUUGAUGUCAUAUUGAUCAGUGUAAUGUUGUGUAGUAGUUGAUUCCCUGUAGAUAACCACCUUUAAUUAAUAGAUUUGAUUUGUAUUUUGCAGUAUCUUUUUUUUUUAAUACAUUUUUUUUUUACAAUUGUGAUGAGAUCUGCGGAUUUGAAAAAAUAUUUACACAUUUUAAACCAUGAAGUAAAAUUAAUUUAAUUUGUAUUCUACAAUUUUGUUUUAUUUCCUUAGAAAAAAUAUUAUUAAUUUAGUUAUUGUUAAUGUUUUCCAUAGUCUUAGUCAUAAUUAAUAUUUUAAAUGGAAAAUAUUAAAUUGCAUUUUUUAUAAAGAGUACACAAAUGGUCAUGAUUAGAAAAUAAGCGAAUAAAAUUGUCACAAGUUAGCCAUGAAAUUAAUUUUGUUAUUGAUCUUGGAAAACAAUUUAUGUAUAUAUUAACUAUGUUUAAUUCUACAUGUCAGCAUUUAUAUCAUGUACAUUUCCUUAUAUCAUUGACAUCAUACAUGGGCCUAAAGAGUUAUUGAAUUCAAUGCAAGCUUAUUUAGUGAAAAUGGUUUACUCUGUCCAGAGAUAAGAAAUCUAUUUUUUAAACUUGAAGUUGACAUUUGUAUUGAUUAGCUGAAACCAUACUUUUAUAGCUUAAAUACUGAAACAAAUCUUUAUUUCAAGUGAAUUUCAUUUCUUCUUGUAAAACCCAAACCUUGUUGUUAGAAACAAUGUUGUCUCUGUACAUGUGACCUUCAGUGGUGAUAAGAUAGAAUUGUGUAUACACUUAUAGUUCGGUUACCAAGAGCUGUUUUUUUUUUUUAAUAUGGAAUGUGAUAGGCCAAUGAUUGACAUGGUUUGCAAAUAGUGGUGUGGCUUCUUCAGAUUAGCACCACAAUUUUGUUUCAAAUGGACUUCUAUAAAAUCUGACAGCAGAGCCCUCUUGGGAAAAACUAAAUUUAUACAUAACACUGUGAAUGGGAAAAAAAAAAAAAAAAGCUUGGUAACCUCUGUGAUAAGUUCAAUCUCUAUUCGCUGUGUUUUCCAUUGGAAACUGAAAACUUUAAUCUUUAGUGCCAUGCACCUUUUGACUUAUAAUUCUAUCUACCUCAUCUUACUAUAAGUUUGCAUUGUUUUAUAAUCAAUUCACCAGGCUUCUGUAUGCUUUCAUCCAUUUGAUGUUUAUUGAUUAUUACUUAAUAUAUAAAUAUGCUUGAGUUAAGUAGUACUUGUUUUGUAAUAAAUGUUUUAUAAAUAAACACUUUGUUUUUACUUUUUAA